AUGGAAGCAGCGACGCUGUACAGCGGCCUCGCCCUCGCGCCUGUGGCCGCCUACGCGCUCGCGCCUGCCGCCCCCACACUCGCCGGCGUCGUCCUCAUCCCGCUCACCUGGUCGCACGUCAGAGCCGCUCUCGAGGCCAGCAACGAGCCGUCCAAGCGGGUUGUCGUCGCUUCCCUCCUCCCCCUCUCCUCACUCGUCGUCGGGUCCGCCUCCGCCCUCGUCCUCUCGAACCCGGCAGCGAGCGCCACCCUGUCCUCGCCCUUCGACACCUUCCUCGCCGUAUCGCUCUUCGCUCUCGUCACCUCGCUCGCCCCACUCGUCGCCCUCGUCCUCGGCGCAGCGGCCUUUCCUCGCCGUGCGCACGACGGCUACACGGCCAUCCUCGUCCCGGCGCUCCUCUUCGCGCUCGCGGGCAUCGUGCAGGAACGCGCCGGGUCGGGCAGGGUCGGGUGGUGGAUCGCGCCGCUCGUCGAUGCUGGCGGCGCAGGGUGGGUCACGCGCGUCGCCGGGCAGGUCGGCGUCGACGUGCUCGUGAGCGCGGCGGGCAUCGCGCUCGGCGAGGUUGCGCGCGGGACAGCGGGCAUGUCGAGCGACAGCGGCGUCGUGCUCGGCGAGCAGCAGGAGGGCCAGGACCGCGUCGACGAUGUCGCUCGUCCGAGUCGCCCCUCUCGCCGACCGCUGCGGCUUCUCGUCCUUGCGGCGCUGCUCGUUACCAUCGGCCCGCUCGUCCCGCACUCGUCGUUCGAGCCGUCGCACCCUGCGCCCGACCAUGCGCACUGGACCUACCCGCCGCUCAAGGUCGCCUGCGUCGUGCCACCGUCACUCGUCGCACGCCGCAGCGACGAGCCCUCGGCGGCGACGCUCGACGACUGGCUUGCCGAGACGAGGAUCGUCGCAGGGCGAGGUGCAAAGGCGCUCAGCUGGAGCGAGGGCGCGGUCAGGCUGGAUCGGGGCGCGAGGAAGGCGCCCGACGAGGACGACGACGACGAGGAGAUGGGCGAUGACGAGAAGAGCCUGCUCGAGAGGGUCAGCGAGGUGUGCGACAUGUACAAGGUCUACGUCCUCGCGACCUACGUCGUCCCGCCCGCCUCGUCGUCGCCGCACCAUCGCGCCCACAAGUACCUCAACGUCGCGACGCUCGUCGGCCCUCGCGCCUCGUCGUCAAGCUCGGCGCCCAACCUCGUCUGGUCGACGACCAAGCACCACCCGGUCCCCUUUGUCGAGUCGUUCUCGCACACGACGCGCCACCUCGACGCCCUUGGCUCGACGAGCGACGCCCUCCCGCUCGCCGACGUCGCGCUCCCGCAUGCGCCGCACACGCCGAGCCCGCACCGCACGCCGCAGCAGCAGCUCUCGGUCUCGGGCGCCAUCUGCCAGGACAUCGCCUUUCCCUCGCUCCUUUCCUCCUACGCGUUGCCUUACGUCAACGACGACACGCACCGACCGCCACACCGCCACGUCGCUCGCCGUACCCCUCAGGUCCUCCUCAACCCGUCUCUCGUCCCGCCCACGCUCUCGGGCCUCGGGCGCGCCUCGCUCGGCCAAGCGCGCGCCCGUGCCCUCGAGCACGGCGCGUUCGUCCUGCGGUGCUCGGGCGGCAGCGGGGCGUCGGCGCUCGUCGGGCCCGACGGCGACGUACGCGUGCUCGUCGAGGGCGAGGAGCGUGCGGGGAGCUGGGAGGCUGAGGUCGCGCUCGAGAGGGCGAGCUCGGGGAGGGGCGGGACGUGGUUCGAGUGGGUCGGCGGACGGGCGGGAGGGAGGUGGCUCGGCGCCGAGGGGAGGUGGUGGCUCGUGCUCGCCGCAGGGGUCGCGCUCGUGCGCCUGCUCGAGGGCGGCGAGGCGGCGAGGUGGGUCGGCAGCGUCGAGUGGGGCGAGCUGAGGGGGCGCAUCGUCGAGCGGGCUCGUCAAGCAGGAAGGCGCGUCGUGCACGGGUCGAGGCCCGAGGUCGAGGGAGGAGCGAGGGCAGGUCCGGGCGAGGAGGAGCGGCUCAUCGACGUCGGCGAGUAGUCUCUCGACGUGCCGCAGCGCUUGCAGGUUGUACAGCAUGUUCGUGUCGC